GGACUACAUCUCCCGGCGUGCAGUGCGGCGGUCCCUGGGAUGCGGCGGCCGCCAGCAGCUCGGUGUGUGUCCGUGUGAUAUUAUGGGAGAGUGGACAGGUGUGAGGCCGGGGGCUGCCAGCCAUGCUCGUGUCCCAGAUACCUGUCCAUUUUGAUGAUGUCGCCGUGUAUUUCACAGAGGACGAGUGGCGGAGCUUAGAGGAAUGGCAGAAAGAGCUCUACAAGGAUGUGAUGAAGGAAAAUUACCAGACACUGGUGUUUGUGGGGCAGCCGGAGAUAUUAUCCAGGAUUGAGAGAGGAGAGGACCCCUGUAUCAGGGCACAUACACUCUCGGAGGAGUCGCGGCCAGACAGUGGCGCACAUACAGAUUGGACAGACGGGGCAUUACUGGAGGAAGAACUGGACAUGGAACUGCAGAUUCACUGCCCAGAGGAGUUGGUGGAGGAUCUGGAGAAUCAGCCACAAUGGGACAUGGUGGAUAUCUUAAUAUUUCUGGACGAGCUGUUUGAUUUCUAGGGAAAAUUGUAUUUGUUUUUUUUGGGUGUUACUUUCUUUAUUAAAGUUUAUUUUUUAUGUU